AAUGAAGGUAUAAACAUAAACUAAAUUAAGAUCUACGUUGAUGCAUUCAGUGGAGAAGAAAUCGUUUCAGACAGUUUCAAUAUGGAAGAGAAAUUUGAAGGUGCUAUUGGUGAAGUAUAAUCAUAAGAUAUUGUUAAAGGAGCAAUCAAUGUUGAUGUUGGUAAAUUAAAUAAAUAAUAAUUUUAGGUGCUGGUGGUCAUUUUGGUGGCAAGAAUGAAGAUGAAGAAGAAGGAGGUGUUGAAGAUUAAGCCUAAAAAGUGAAUAAUAUUAUUGAUGCUUUUAAAUACGCUGAAACACAAUUUACCAAAGCUGAUUAUGUCACUUAUUUCAAGGCUUAUGCCAAGAAAGUUAAGGCAUACUUAGAAGCCAAUAAACCAGAUAGAGUUGCUUCAUUCUAAAAGGGAGCAGGUGAAUUCAUCAAAUGGGUUUCCACUAACUUCAAUGAUCUCUAAUUGUAAUUAAUGCAAAUAAUAUAUUUUAGCUACUGUCCUGAGUCAUACGAUAUGGAAAAUCACAUCGUUCUUGGUUAUUAUAAAGAAGGUUAAGCAUCUCCAACCUUUGUUUACAUUUUAGAUGGAUUAAAAGAAGUCAAGAUGUGAUGU